AUGGUUAAGCAAGUGAAUUCAUUCAUGAAACAACGAGAACUACUUAGAUCGAAUGUUGCUAUAUAUCGCGCAUUAGGCUGUAGACAUGGCGAUCUAUUUGAAAAUGAUUAUCAGAUGUUUAAUGAUUAUUCACAACAAAUAACAUGUUUGGAAUGGAGCUUAGAAGAUGUUCAAAAGGAAAUUGAUUUAGUUAUCAGUCACAACAGGUUAGAACUCAAUGGAGUCCAUUCAGAAGCUGGUCGACUUGAAUGUGUUUUGAUGCAUCGUCCUGGUAAUGAAAUUCGUCGCUUAAUACCAGAAAAUCUCAGUACAUUACUGUUUGAUGCGAUACCCAAUUUAAAUGAUACACACACAUCGCAUGACAGGUUUGCCGAGUAUCUGAGAGAACAAGAUGUGAAUGUUUUGUAUGUAUCUGAUAUUCUUCGUGCAACUAUGAUAGGUAGUCCAUUAGCUUUUCAUGAACUCAUUGAUGGUAUUAUUAAAAAUACAGACUUAUCACCGGAGGACAAGAAUUGUUUACGAUUGUGGUUAGAGGCGAGGAGUCCUGGACAAUUGGCGAGGGAUGUUAUUGAAGGAGUUGCAUGUACAGUGGAUGAACUUGGACAGUUUGAUGUUAAUAAUUUGUUAUCACUGAAUGGUUUUGUAGUACCACCAUUACCAAAUAUGAUGUUCACACGCGAUUCAUUUUCAAUCAUUAAAAAUAAAGUUGUGAUUCAUAAAAUGGCAUUUUCAGCAAGACAAAAUGAACCAUUGAUAAUGAGCAUUAUCUUCAAAUAUUAUCCUAAAUUUGUCGAACACUUUGAGUUGAUCGAUUGGGAGCAAUAUGUACCACAUCCUGCCAAAGCAACAAUGGAAGGUGGUGAUUUGGCCUAUGUUGGUGAUGGUACGCUGUUAAUUGGUUGGAGUCAACGAACAAACCGGUUUGCAAUUGAUGCAUUGGCACAAGCCAUGUUCGAAUCCGGUACAUUGAACCGUGUGAUUGUUGUUAAAGUACCAGAGAACCGAGAUUACAUGCAUUUGGAUACGGUUUUGAGUUCAGUUGGAUGUAAUGCAUUCACGCUGCACGCUCGUUUAGCUCCACUGAUGGACGUGUAUGAAGUAAUACCCGAUAUUAGCAGCAGUACACUGUGGAUUUCGAGAGGAACAGUUGAAACACUUGGCAGUGUAUUAGGAGGUGAGACACUGACAUUAUAUGACUCAAAAAUGGAUAAUGUUUCGAUUGAAGAUCAAAUAAAUUGUCGACAUAAUGUGUUGGCUAUUGAUGCACAUCACGUUGUUACCUAUGGUGGAGGCGAUGAAGAAAAUGGUAUUGUAACACAAAUGAGACAUGAUCAAAAAUUAUCGUGUAUAGUCUUUUGUCUGUCGACAGCAGGACUCUUGGAAGGAGCUGGUGGAGCACAUUGUUUGACAAAUGCCCUUAGCAGACGCUCAAUCGAAUGA